AUGGAAAUAAUCGAUCGAUGUAAGAAAAACUUCAGUCGAAUGGGCAUUCCACGAAAAAUCAUUACCGAUUCAGCUAAACAGUUCACCAGCCAAGAGUGGAUAGGAUUCGUACGUGAUUAUGGCAGCACACAUGCAACUAGUGCCCCAUACCAUCACGAGUUCAAUGGAAAAGCUGAAUCUGCAAUUAAAAUUGCGAAGAACAUCAUCAAGAAAGCGUUGAAAGAUGGAAAAGAUAUUUGGUUAGCUUUGUUGGACUGGAGAAAUACACCCCAGUUAGACGGUUACACACCGUCACAAAAGGCGAUGGGAAGAAAGACGAGAAGUAUUCUUCCUGUCACGAGUUGCCAGCUUCAAUUACAAAUGGUAGAUACGCAGAGAGUUAGGGAUGGAAUAGAGCUCCGUAAGGUGAAGUCGAAAUUUUAUCAUGAUCGGAAGGCUCAAGAGCUGCCAACGCUGGUGAAAGGACAAGAGGUGUUCAUUCAGUUAAAGCCAGAGAAAACAUCCGAAUGGACACGUGGAAAGAUAACAGAGGUGUUGAAUGACAGGGACUACCAAGUGUCAGUCAACGGUGGAAUCUAUCGCCGAAACAGAAAAUACCUUCGUGAUGCGUACUCUACAACACCAUCAGAUGAAACAGUACUUCAACAAUCCGGUAAACAAAACGAUGAUAAGCUAAAUGCUUUUACCAACAUAUCAGAAGACAGCUGGAAUCCAGUCUCAAGCACUCCGAAGCCAGAAAAUCGAACCUCACCAGCGAAUUCAUCAAUACAGCCACGAAUGCCGCAGUCUACUACGCAGAAAUCACCACCAGAAAAUCCAUCCUAUGAUAAGGAGAGACCACAUCGAACGGUACGCCGACCGAUCAGAUUCGAUGAUUAUGAGGUAGGAGAUGUUUUUAUUAAUGAAGGGGAGAUGUUACAAUGA